AUGUACUCAAGGAAGAGCUGGGACCCAUGUCUUGACGCCGCUGCCAAAGCUGUUUUCGAGAAGUGCAGGGAAGGGGAUAGUCCGUUAUACUGUGAAGAGACAGGAUGGCCUGAAGACGCGAAUGAAAAGGAUGUCUUGAGCUGGUUCGCACAGCUGACGGAGGACCUCGCGGCCUUUGUUGAGAAACAUCAGCAGGAUCCGAAGGCUCGCCGAAGACCUUUGGCACAGCCAGAUCAGCCCUUGCAAGGAUCUACGGCGGACCGUAAGCUGGAUGUCGGUUUCGUGGACAACCCGAAAGCGAUGAAAGACUUAAAGUGUCACUGGUCACAGAUCCUCUGA